GGUUAAGUACAGUAGAUUUAUUACGUUUUCAUCGACGCUGUUGUGUGGUUUGCCUUCAAUUUAUCAGUCUUGCUAAUAACAAAUUACACAGGGACUUUGCGAAAUAGACAGUGCAAGGGAUCAAGUCGCUUCGAAAAGGCGACUUGAUCGGUCAGAAACUGUAGCUAGCUAGCUAACGUUAGCUUAUCUCGGUCAAAGUAAAUCUGUCAAAAGGGAUGCCGCUGCAAUCCAUGUCAGACGGAUUCAGGGGAUCUUUGGACUUGAUGUCGUCUCAUUUAAUCGGCAUAAGCAGUUUUUCGAUAAAAGCUUUAACGAUAAAUCAAUCUUGUACGAGCAUCUUUUUAAAUUGCUGAAGUUUAGGAAGUAACUACUCUGACAGUCAGUGCUAGCUAACUUGCUGGGACAGCAUAUGCAUAGCAACAACAACAAAUCUGUUGCGUAUCCUCUCCCGCUAAGAGAAACCUCAUCAGUGAAAUUGGUGAAGAAGACAUUUCAGUUCCACAAAGAGCGUCGACGUUAUCUUUGGUAAGAAGAAUGUCUCAUGUUUAUGAGGAAUGUGUAGAUUAGCUAGGUACUGUAGCCAACUACCUAGCAAGCAGAGGUUUUAGUGGGGGGAGGGGGUAAGAUAGACAGAAAGGGGUUGGUCGUUUUACUUUUGGGGCUUGCCUUUUUGUUUACCUUCCACAUUUCCCCACGGGGUUCCCCCAUAGAAUUAGGAAUUAGAAUACUUAGGAAUCUCUUUGGUUGCCCCCCUAUGCUUAUUAAAUGGGUCAGUGGAAUCAGACACUAAACAGUGCAAUGCAGCUAACUAGCUAAUUUAUUUGGGGGUGUAGCUACUAUAGCUAUAUCAAAUAUCAUAAUUGAGCUUUGAGACCACCAGCCUGGUCUCAUAGACUAGACGUAACAUAGUAAACGUAAAUCAGGAAACGUAAAUUAGUAUAAUAUUUUAAGUUUGAUAUGGUUACAUAAGAGAGCUGGUUACUUAAGGAGGGUAGUUGGUUACUUAAGUAGGGUGGUUGGUCGUCUAGCAACCCAAAGGUUGCAAGUUCUAAUCUCAUCACAGACAUGACUUAUCACAGACAUGACAUGUGGUUCUCUGUAGCUCAGCUGGUAGAGCACUGCGCUUGUAACGCCAAGGUAGUGGGUUCGAUCCCCGGGACCACCCGUACACAAAAAAAUGUAUGCACGCAUGACUGUAAGUCGCUUUGGAUAAAAGUGUCUGCUAAAUGGCAUAUUAUUAUUAUUAUUAUAUUAUUAUUUACUACUUUUUAGCUACUUUGAAACUACUUAGCAAAUGUAGCUAACAUUAAUACCUAGCUAGAAUUUGUAACAUAUUGUAUGUUUCGCAAAUUCAUAACAUUGUACUUUUUGCUAAUUCCUAACAUUGUAAUUCCUAACAUAUCAUAUGAAAUGGGUGAUGGAUUCCACAAAUUAAUACAUACCUUAAGAAAUGUAACAUAUCAUACUAAAUGGAGUAUCUCGGAUAUACUUACAGGAAUAAUACAAAAUGCUCUGAGACCAGGUUGUGUCCACAUAUUGCUGCAAACCUGCUUCACUGGGCAAACUUUGAUCAACCUGACCCUGCCAAGUAGAUCAAUAACUACACCAUAGGGAUAACAUUUAUUUAAUACGCACUGUUUUCCCACUUAGGAAGCAGUGUAAAAGUAUUCUUGAAUGUCUGAUGGACUGUCUAUUUUAACAUUUCCCAUUCCUCUCACAGGCAGCAAUGAAACUGUUAGAGAACAGCAGUUUUGAAGCCCUGAGCUCUCAACUCUGUGCUGAAACGGGAGAGUCUCGCAUCCUUGGCAGGUAAUUACCAUAACAGCACUAGACCAGCAUCAUCAGUCGAUCAAAUUACCUCAUAUCUAAUCACAUGUCACAGAGUGUUUUGUAAAGCCUGCGUUACUGUUGCAUGACUAACACAUAGGUUCACAUUUUUAACCGUGUCUAAAUGUAUUUCCUUUAGUAGGCCUGUGUGUGAACCGCAAGUACAUGGUAACAGAUGGAACUGUAGGCUACUACUACAGGGUCAGCUGUUCACGGACCAUAACACACCCCUCCUUUGUGGAUGGUGCAUGCAUUCCGUGCCUCUCUUCAGGGGUGUAUUUCAUAUUGGGUUAAUAGGCUCUAUUUUAAAAGGCAAGAUUAACACUUUGGGGCUCUCUGGGAGCAUGAACAACACCAUACAGCCUAUGAAGGGUAAAGUAAAAGCUGAGGACACUGCAUAUGUAAACACAGAGGUGAACAACAAACUGUCAGAAUAAGAUGGUCAACUGAACUCCCACAGAGGUGUCUCUGUGCAAUAGAUCAGUGGUGUAGGCUACCUGAAAAGUACCUGAGCAUGACCAGAUGAGGCAAUAUUGGGUUUUAUGCAAUAGGAUUGCCAUAGGAAUUUAGCCCUAAUCCCCAUCAAGCCCUUUAGUGAUUACUGGUAAUAUGGACAAUUUUGCUAAAUAGGUGUAAUCUCUCUCACAAAAAGUAUUGAUCCCUUAAGAUGGUGGAUGAGUGUUGUGUUAUGCAACGGGGGUAGAUUAACUAAACUGCAGCAGGCAUUGAGGUAACAGUAGGAGCAGGGAUUCUACAUAAAGGACUGUAGGUUAUGGAACCAGUGGGAACGGUGCAGGUGGUGGUAACCCCUUUCGUGGUUCUGACCCAUGGGGGCAGUCUGACACAUGACAAGGUGUCCUCUAACAGGCCUUUGUGGCUAUUUUUAUGCUGUAAUGGAGAGUGGUAUAGAGCGUACACAGACACACACACACACACUCACAGCUGGGCACUGAUGGUGUUUAGUCUGCUGCUUACUGGAUUAGUAUGGCCCAUGAUGGCAGCAGUGGCCAAGCUGGCACAAUGUGACUCAGGCUGAUUCUUUCCACCCCAAUAAAAAGCCAAAGUCUGCAAUUACUCAGAAAUGUUCAACUGGACACAUAAUGAUACAAAACAGAGCACGCACUCACACAUGUUUGAGGUUCACAUAUUCUAUCAUAGUUUUCCAUAGAAUGGCUGUUUCUGGAUAAAAAGUUUUAUUGAACCAGGAAGUCUGUUACAAAUAGGCCUACACACACAAACAACUAUCCUAUAUAGCCUAAUUUGUGUAUUUAUUCACAACUAGGCCUAACUAUCCACAUGCUUUUAGCAAAACUUUAGGCCAACCUUUCUACAGGGUUGAGAUCUCUAGCCAUCCCUAUUUUUUAAAUGUUAAAUUUUUUUCAUUUGUCUGUUAAUGGAAACUAUGCCGGUUGUGUGACCUCCUCCACCCCCCUGACCUUUGCUCCUUCCUAUAUUUAGACUGGGCCACAGUGCGUCUCUGAGCCAGAGUGAGUUGCAUAACUGAGGUUGGGGGGAAAAAUAAACAUUACCAGACCAGACACUGCUCCACUCCCUGAACCUAGUGGCAUUCCAGCCACAUCCCUCAAAUAGAACACAAUGAAACAGAGACACAGAAAACAGAGACUUGUUAAAAGCAAUAAACACAAAGCACCAGACAAUGUGUUAUGGGAGGGCCAGUAGAUGAGAUACGGUACUGUUUGCAGUAUUGAAUUAGUUUGGCACAAUACCCAUGUCCUCCGCAGUCAGUAGAUUAAAGGAAUUCCACUUUUAAUACAAUGCCAACAGUUUAAUUCUGGGUUUUGUCUGUCUCUUAAGGAUCGAGAGCUACUCCUGCAAGAUGGCUGGUGAUGACAAGCACAUGUUUAAGCAGUUCUGCCAGGAGGGGGAACCACAUGUCCUAGAGGCCCUCUCGCCCCCCCAGUCCAGCGCCACCAGCCCACCCCAGUAAGUACCACAGCCACACCCCUUCUCAAUGUUUGCAUAACAUGGGUAUGAUCACAAGGAACGAAACAGAUGCCAAACAGAUACCACAAUGUUUUCCAUUGUGAAAUGUUUUGCUACGGUGUGCACUAAUGAAUACUACUCGGUAGAUACUGGUGUUUUAUCACACUAUCAGUCUCAUGUGGCACAUCAUAUUUUUUACUUCCCAACCAAAUAACUCCACUCUCUCCCUUGCGCUCUCUUCUUAUCUCCCUUGUUUUGUGCAGACUGGGGAAGAGCAGUGAGGAUGGUGAGAACCCUCUGAGUGACAAGUGUUGCAGGAAGACAUUGUUCUACCUCAUCACCACGCUCAAUGAGUCAUUCAGGCCCGACUAUGACUUCAGUGCAGCUCGGGGCCACGAGUUCAGCCGGGAGCCCAGCCUCAACUGGGUCAGUAGCAAAGCCUCUGCUCCUCUCAUGAUUAGACCACAUUAGGAUGACUUUAAACCAACCCAGUUAGACAGCCGUUCAAGCCUAAUUUCAGAAUUGCUCACAUACUCAUAUACAGAUGCUCUGAAUCAUCCCAUGCAAGUCCUGGAAGCACAUUGUAACAAAGGCAUACACAUAAGGGGAAGGUAGUGAAUUUUCCAUAAGGGGCUUAUGCAACAUCACAGGCUGUAAGAUAGAGGUGUCAAGCUCAAUUCCUGGAGGGCUGUGUCUCUGCUGGUUCAUUUUAUUACCUUUCAGUUUGUCUAAUUAAGACCUCAACAACCAAGUGACUUAUCAAAAACCUUAAUUACAACCUAACUAAUAGAUCUUAAUUGAUCAAUCAAGUACAAGGGAGGCCCUUCAGGAAUUGAGUUUGACACCCCUGCUGUACGAUUUUAGCCAUCUUAUGCCACGAUUUUGCAGUCCUGGACAAAAUCUUAAAUCGUAAAUGAUUGUCGGAUGUCUUGACUCGUUCAGUGUGACAGGGUCUAGGUCUGCCGAUUUAAGUACCACUGUGCGGUCGUAGGCUCUGGCAAAGUUCUGGCAGUGUCAGAUUUGUUUUGCCUUUAUCGUGUAGUGUGGCUAGUGUUACAAGCCGAUCCCGGUGACUGACCAAUAUGACCAAAUGCACACAAUAAUACGAUUAUUGUGAAUAGUCAGAUUAAUAUAAUAGUUUGAUUUAAACUUUUACAUGCUGUGCAAGAAGAAUGAUUUCCCUAAUAAUCGUCUUGUUUAGGCUAAAUGACACAUCUGAAAUCAGGCUACCUGAUGGAAUUUUGAUAAAUGCACAAAAUCACCAAUCAAAAUAAACGUUCUACCACAGCGACCAUGUUCUUUUGGGAAAGCCUAUUUGAUUCUGAGUUCGGACAUAGAAAGUUUGUAUGUGAACUAUUUCUAAGAUGUAUACUUUCAGUUUUUCCAAACUCACUUCACUCGCAUGUAAGCAGUGAGUGAGGUUUGCGCUGCUGGUGUUGGCACAUCCACAGAUCAAAUACAGCGCUGCAGUUGACAGCCUACGUCGGCUGACGUAGCCUCGCAAGCCAAUUGCAGAAUGUGACGACAGAACUGAAGAAAAUCGUACAAUCUUGCCAGGUUGAUAUCAAGAUUUUAAUUUGGUAACAUUGCACAGUGUGACGUGAUAAUCGUAGAAGUCUGAAUCCGACAUACAGCCUACAAAGGCCUUAAGAGGUCUAUUCAUCUGUGAGGAGAAUGAGAAGUAAUGAUUGUGUGCCAUGCCUCCUCCAGGUGGCAAAUGCAGUAAACAGCAGCCUGUACUCAUCAGUUGGAGUGGAGUUCAACUCCCUGGGGCCAGAGCUGUGGAACUCCAUCGACAAGGAAAUUAGCCUGCAGGAAUGUGACAUAUACAGGUGUGUGUGAAGGUACAUGUACAGUAUGUUUUCUGAUUCUUGUGUUUGCUGCCAGUAUAUUUAUUUGUCCCUCUUUGUCCUCAGCUACAAUCCUGACCUGGACUCAGACCCCUUUGGUGAGGAAGGCAGCCUCUGGUCCUUCAACUACUUCUUCUACAACAAGAGGCUGAAGAGGAUUGUAUUCUUCACCUGUCGCUCCAUCAGGUGAGCAGCCACAGCAGGCCUCACUGUCUCCAUGCAAUCUUUGACAAUGCAUAUGAGUUUGUUAGUUCUACAGCCAGUAUGAAAUAGUUGGUGGCCUGUGGAUGAACUUCUAUGGUCCACCAUGUAUGAAUAUAAAAUCAGAAAAUCUGUUUCGCAUUGCUGGUAUGAAUUGCUCACACCAAACCAGCAUAUUCUACUGGUUCUGGGGGGUGGCUUUCAUUAUACAGCAGCAGGAGUUGAUUGGGCUUGACGUGCCGAGGCAGCUUGUACACAACCUAAAGCCUGUCUGGUCUCAUGUGGUAUGGGACUGUAAUCCAUUACCAGGAGGAUAAAAGGCUAGGGAAGGGGACUAACAUAUCUCCAAAACCUCCAGAAACAAUCUGUCAACCAGAGCAAACAGAUGUACCGGUAUGUUUGAAUAAGGAGUCAUGAUAUUUCUGCUUUACUUCCAAAGUGUCCUGAGUGGGUAUGGCCGCGAUUGUCUGGACAAUGAGUUGGACAUGGAGCUGAAUGAUGAUGAUGAGGAGGAGAUUGAGGGAUUCACUGAGGACAGGUGGGAUCAUGUUACUAUAAUAAUGUUACUACCUGCUUAUACUCUAGCGCACCAAUGGGCCUCAAUCUUACAUAUAUACAUUUGUCAGUGCAUGGGGUUGCGUUUGUGUUUCGUGUCUAAAUAGAGACAUGAUUAACACUACCUUGUUCUCUCCCUGUCUGCAGGUUCCCCAAAGCUCUCUGUGUCUAACGCUCUCCAGAUGGAAGACAAGCCCAUGCAGGCCAAAGAUGUAGGCCUACACAUCCUCCCCGUUUGUUUUCUUUUCAUCUGUUUUUUUCUGUCUCAAUGUUCUGUAGAGCCUGACCCAGAAAGCCAUUUGCGCAUUUAGAGGAAGGAUAUUUUUUCCCCCCAUUGACAAGUGCAUGUUUCACACCUUUCACAUCAGCUGGAUCCAAACAUACCGUGAAGGACAUUUUUGAAAUGCCCAUGGAAUCUAGGGUCUCGCGUUUAUUGUGCUCUCUAUCCUCCAUCAUGGUCCCUAACCUAAGAACUGACCUGUGCCUGGUUAUUUGAUGGAAGGACCUUCCUCUGAACCCCAAGGCCUUUCGAACCACAACCUCGACUCCAAACCAGCCUCUGCUUGGACGCUGCACUCUGAAAGAAACCUAUUGGACCGGUCUUGGGAGAUUUAUGGUCAAGAGAGACCAUGGACAGCUAACCCUGACAAGCACAUUUUCUGUUAUUGAAGAUAUUAUUAUUAUUAUUAUUAUAAGAUCCCAGCAAAUGGUGUCACAGAAAUCACUGUGUAAAUGGAGAUGAUUAAGUCCACAGUCCAACACCAGCAUCAAUGAGAUUCAUGGAAGGGGUGGGUCUAAUUACAUAAAUGUGAAAGUCCAAUCCCACGCCUCCACUCCCACGCCUCCACACUGGGUAAAGGGUGAUACAACGAGAGCCAAUUCAAUUGAGUCUAUCCAGCUGACUUCCAUUUGUGACUGCUUACUUCUAGGUGUGGCUUAUGUUUGACAGUGACGUUACUAUGAGAACUGAACUUUUAUAGCACUUGAGUUUUGAAACAAAUGCUGCAUUUGUAAUGGUACCUUGUAUUAUGUUAUGUUGAAUCUACUGAAAA